UCUACCCGACUAGGAAAAUAAUCGGAUCCGUUCAUGUCCUCGCACGUGCGUACCUUCUCUCUCCUACAUUGGAUAAGGCAUAUUCUCUAUGCUUACAUUCCUCACUUUAGCCACUCAAACCAGUAACAGGAAUGGCUUCUUUUUGAUUCUGCCCUUAUUUGAAACACUGGUUUCUCUCCUGUCAAAAAAAUGGGCUCCAAAAUUCUUCCUCAGGCGCUAGUUGUGAUCCCAAGAAACCCUACUCAGUUUCCUCCUUCAAGGAAAUUAGGCUUUUCUGCAACAGUCUAUCGCGGUUCCUCUCUCUGCAAUUCAACUUCUAGGGUUUCGGUUUCUCAGCUUUCGACAAACUCAAUUGGUUCAAAUCUGGACGCAAUCAUCUCCGCUUUUGCGAGCCAGAGGUUCGUUGCGAGAGCGGAAUCAGAGGAGUCUGGAGGCGGUGAAGUUGCGGAUAAUAGCGAAAAUGUUGAAUUAGAAGAACAGGAAGAUAGUGAAAAUGCUGAAGUAGAAGAACAGGAAGAGGAAAAACAAGGUGAUGAGGUGAAGGCCGAAGAAAAAGUGAAAGAACCGAGAAAGCCAAGAAUCAAGCUUGGGGAGAUAAUGGGGAUAUUGAAUAAGAGAGCAGUUGAGGCAUCAGAGAAGGAAAGGCCAAUACCAGAUCUUAGGACUGGGGACAUAGUACAGAUUAAAUUGGAAGUUCCAGAAAAUAGGCGAAGGUUGUCAAUCUACAAAGGCAUUGUUAUCUCUAAGCAAAAUGCUGGCAUUCACACCACAAUUAGAGUUCGGAGGAUUAUCGCAGGCAUAGGUGUUGAGAUUGUAUUCCCCAUCUACUCACCAAAUAUUAAGGAAAUAAAAGUAGUCAGCCACAGGAAGGUCAGAAGGGCAAGGUUGUAUUAUCUUAGAGACAAGCUUCCCAGGCUGUCCACCUUUAAAUAAAAAAACAUUGAGAAAGUUGGUUUUCAGUUUUUUCCUUCUCCAAAAUAGUUUCCUGGCUGCAGAGAUAUUGUAAGGACAGAAUUUCCAUGUAUCCAUUUUUAUUCUUUUUGUGUUAGGAAAUUGUUUUAUGCAUACUAGAUGAUUUGAUCUUUUUCAUGCAAAAACAAAAGCAUAUUUGAAUUUUUGUUAUGAGUAGUUCUGGCCAUCAAGAUAUGCAAUUUCAAAGCAUUUAUUAUUUUUA